UAUGCAAAAGAGUUCGCUUUGACUAUUUUGGUGGUCAAAUUGAUUAAUCGUUGUUUGGUUCACAAUAUGCAUGCUUUUCUUCUACAAAUAAAGGUUUAUGAUUAAAUUCGUACCUUUUCAUAUGAAAUGAUGGGAGAUUCAUGCCUCUGGUGGAUUCGCCAUGGUAUUAGGAGAUUCUCCUCCACAUUCAGGUUCACUUACUCCCUUUGUUACUCUUUGUACACAUAUGUAGUGUGUCGUGUCUUGUCGCUAUUGUUGUUCUUCGUUCAAAUUUGUUUUUGGUGUUCAUCUAUUUAGUACACCAAAUUGAUUUAACUGGUGUUCAAAGGCCUCUAUCCAUGAUCAAAAGAAGGCAGUCAAAACACCGGCGCCUCUCUGGCGAACUGGCUAUUUCUAAUUUUCGAAUUCGUGUUGAUGAUAUCGGAGCCUCCGGUGUACGACCAUGUAAUUUGGUCUUUAGGAGCUGAUGAGUUGAAUCAGAAUUAAGAAAAUGUGGUAUAAACAACUUUUGCAAUUGGUAUUUCUUCACCCUGACAUUCACACAGAUGGCGUCGGUUACGCUGGUGAAUCUCUUGAGGCACCGUUUUGAGUUAUCAUCUGGAAGCGGGUCAUUAAGAAACCAUUGGUCUACUGACAUAGCAUGCAUACUAAAAGGCAGCGGAGUGACUUCUAUCUUACAACUUUCAAGAUCCAUGACCUGUUUUAAGGCAUCCUCUUCCUGCUUUGAUAAUUCCAAACAUGCGGAUAGCACCGACUCCAUUCCCUCUGUUACCGACGCUAUUUGCUUUCUACGUUCUUCGGUAAGACAAAGUUUUUUAUGCUUCCGAGGUCCACCACUAAACCCCUCAGCUUCAGAGCAUUCAUUGCUACUUCCAAUUCGAAAAGCCUACCACACACGUCAUUAAGUUCUGAUUGGUUAGUUUUGAUGUAGCUUUCCCAGUUGCUAGAUGUAUUCUUUUGUUUUCUAACUAUUUUUGAGAUCUCCAAAGUCUCCAUUUCCUCAAUGAUGCUGUUAAAAUCGUUGGUGUCUGAAAUUUUGUGUAUCAAAGCACCCAGUUUAUCCUUUUUUGUAUCCGACUGCUUCACGAGUGGCUUCUUGUUGACCUCCCACUUGUUCAAUCGCCGACUGGAUCGAUGAUGCUAUCUUUGUAUAUAGUUGGUGUAACAUGUUCACUUCAUCACAAGUAUUUGAUACAUGCCGCUUCAUUAUUAAGCCGAUGAACAAUCCGUUCCUUGCAUUAAGCCCAAUGAUGUGUAGACGGAAGCUGGCCUUGUAUUCCUUGUACAUUGUCGCAUUAAGUCUUCAUAUCCAACCAUGUUAUCAAUCUCUUCUACACAUUCAUUAUAUUGCCUU